AUGAACAUACAAAAACAUGAAAACCCCAGAGUUCACUUUAUCGAGGCCGAAAUGCGCACUAGGAAGGAACCAUCAACGACUACAGAAGCCAUCCAUACGACUUUGCCUCAGAUUCGAACGCUGAAGCCUCCUUACGCGGCUUUGUUCCUCAUACAGAAGUGA